AUGUCUUUAUUCGGAUCGUCUCCUGACCAACCAAGUCCAGCGCAAGCUUCCAAGUCCCGGAACUCCCUCUUCGAUGACGAGCCUAGUCCAGCUCCUGGAUCGAAAUCUUCCUUAUUCGCAGACGAUGACAGUGCUCCAGGAUGGGGUAUGCCAACUCCAAAAAAGGCUGGCCGGGGGGAGGUAGUGAAGAAUCUGCUGCCAGCCGGCGCAGUGCCUGACAGUUACAUCGAUAUAUUUGACAGCCUAAUUAAUGGUGGAGAUGGCAAUGGAGGAAAGCUCACUUCCUCAGGAAUAACAAAAGUCUUGAGCGCUAGUAGAGUCGGUGCUGAUGAGCAAAGCCGUAUCGUGAGCAUCAUCACAUCUGGAUCGCAGCUGUCGGAUAUCUCCAGGAAUGAGUUCAAUGUUUUACUUGCUUUGAUUGGGUUGGCACAAGAACAUGAGGACAUUACGCUAGAUGGUGUUGACGAAAGACGAAGGAAUCUUCCAGAACCCAAUCUACCUAGCUUCUCCACCGCAAUCCCUGGAGUCGAAGACCUCGCUGCAAAGCCUCCCCAGCGACCUGCAACGCCUCCUCCAGCUCCGGUAUCCGUCUCCCCUCAGAAGCCUCGUACAAUGAGGAAAGAUUCGAUUGACUUCCCAGAGGCGGACCCAUGGGGCAGUCCAGCAAUGCACCGAGGUCAUAACCACGAAGAAACACCACAAACUAACGGAGCAUCGGGGGCAGGAAGUAAUGGAAGUCGUCCUCCGGUCAGGACGACAAGUACCUUCACAACUACAUCAACUGCAGGAACCAACGGGACUUCAGAUCAGCCUGUGGAGGACAACGCUUCAGCUCCCGUGACUGGUAUAUGGGGGUCUUAUGAUGGAAGUCCAGGCGAAUCUUAUCGCGUGUCCAACGACUCUACACUGGGUGGUGACGGAUUCGGGCCUUCUGGAGGCGGUGGUGACCGCCCUGGUGCAAGUGCUCCCAACCGAUCUUUUGGUGGCGGGCGAGUAUCAGGUGCAGGCGUUGAAGAGAACAUUGUUAUUACCCUUUUACCAGAGAAGGAGGGGAUUUUCAUGUUUCAGCAUCACAACUACCAGGUAGUGAGUGCUCGGCGGGGAAGCAAGGUCGUUAGAAGGUACAGCGACUUUGUAUGGCUCUUGGACUGUUUGCAAAAGCGAUUUUCCUUCCGGCAAUUACCUUUGCUUCCUCCGAAGAGAGUUGGAGUCAACGGAAACCACCUUGCCGCCGACAACACAUUCAUUGAAAAGAGACGCAGGGGAUUGGUCCGCUUUUCGAACGCUCUUGUCAGACAUCCAGUUUUAAGCCAAGAACAAUUAGUGAUCAUGUUUUUGACAGUUCCAACUGAGCUUGCCGUAUGGCGCAAGCAAGCUACUAUAUCAGUUCAGGAGGAGUUCACUGGUAGACCACUGCCCCCAGGACUGGAAGACUCCCUUCCACCGACUUUGAAUGAGCUCUUCGACCGGACAAGAACCGGCGUACGUCGAUCAGCCGAGGUGUACAUUAACCUGUGUAAUCUCAUGGAUCGCCUCUCGAAACGGAAUGAGGGACUUGCCGCAGACCAAUUAAGGCUGUCACUAUCUUUGCAGUCGUUGAUCGACUCGUCAGCAGACACAUACGCAACAGACACCAACGACGUGCCCCUUCUGAACGAAGGACUUAACGCUACAGCGAAGCAUCUCUCAAAUAGUCAGACACUUUUAGAGGACGAGGCAAGAGCUUGGGAUCAAGGUGUACUAGAAGACUUGAAGAGGCAGCGUGAUGCUUUGGUCAGCGUGAGAGACAUGUUCGACCGACGCGAUCGAUAUGACAAAGACAAUAUUCCAUACCUCGAACGUCGGAUCCAGAACAAUGAGACCAAGCUCGUCACCAUUCGUGCAAAGCCAGAAGGUCUGGUAAAGCCGGGAGAGAUUGAAAAGGUGACUGAGGCUAUCAUCAAAGACAAGGAAUCAAUUGUAGCUCAACAUGCCCGAGGUGUAUUUAUCAAGGAGUGUAUCCGCGAUGAGCUCAUCUUCUUCCAGCAGUCGCAAUAUCAUGUCAGCCGUUGGAACCAGGACUGGGCGCAAGAGCGCGUCAAAUACUCUGAGCUGCAAGCAGAUAACUGGAAGCAACUGCACGAGGAACUGGAAAGUAUGCCGUUGGGCGAUUAG